AUGGCAUCAACUUCAACAUCAUCCGUUCCAAGAAGCUUCUUGUAUGAUGUCUUUUUGAGUUUUCGGGGUGAAGACGUACGUACAAGUUUUGUUGAUCAUCUCUUUAAAGCUCUUAAUGACAAAGGUAUCAUCAUUUACAAAGAUGAUAAACGAAUCGUCAAAGGAGAAGAGAUCAGUGACCAGCUCAUCGCUGCUAUUAAAAAUUCGAGAUUUCACAUCAUUGUUUUCUCCAAGAACUAUGCAAAUUCUGCGUGGUGCUUAGAAGAGCUUGCACAUAUCAUGGAGUGCCACGAGACAGGGGAGCAGACCGCUUACCCCAUCUUUUAUGACGUGCAACCCACUCAAGUCCGGAAACAGAGUGGGCCAGUUGGAGUAGCAUUUAAAAAACAUAUAAAGAAAGAGGCUGUUGGACAAAGGAAAAAGUGUUUGAAAAUAGUAGCAGGUCAGGAUUGCUCGGGGUUGAAUACUAGUACAUACUCGAGAUGUCGGAGAUGGAAACAUUCUUUGACACGAGCAUCAAAUCUGGCUGGGUGGGAGUUGAAGAACACUGGUGAUGGCCACGAAGUUCAGUUCAUCCAAAAAGUUGUUGAAGACAUUUUACAAAAUCCACAUUUCACCAAUUUCAGCAUUGAUACUAACUUAGUAGGCAUCGCGAUCCGGGUACAGAAAUUACUUUCAUUAUUACAAGUCGACUCUGAUGACGUCCGGAUGAUAGGAAUCAAAGGGAUGGGAGGUGGUGGGAAGACAACUCUUGCAAGAGCUGUUUUUGAUCAUACAUCCAGUCGGUUUGAAGGUAAAAGUUUUGUUGAGAAUGUUAGAGAACGUUCAAAAGUCUCUGGUUUGCAUAAAUUGCAAGAACAGGUCCUUUCAUCUGUGUUCAAAGAUCGAAGCAUUGAUAUAGAAGGUGUUUCUGAUGGAAAAAAUUUGAUGAAAAGGAUGAUGCCUGGUAGAACAGCUCUUAUAGUUCUAGAUGAUGUUGAUCAUAUAGAACAACUUGAGGCGUUGGUAGGUGACUUUACUCGUUUCAAGCCCAGAAGUAGAAUCAUCAUUACAACGAGAGAUGAGCAAGUGUUGGUUGGAUAUGGCAUUCAAAGGGACAAUAUUUAUGAUGUCGAUAUGCUAUCAGAUGAGGAAGCAAUUAACCUUCUCAGUAGGCAUGCUUUUAAAAGAGAGAGUCCAAUUCAAGAGUAUGAAGGCCUAUCAAAAAGGGUUGUAAGUUAUGCUGCUGGUCUUCCCUUAACCAUCAAACUUUUAGGUUCAUUUCUUUGUGGCAGACCUCAAGAUGAAUGGGAAGAUACCAUCAACAGAUUAAAAACAAUUCCAUGGCACGAUACUUUGAAAAGACUGGAAAUAAGCUAUGAUGGUCUAGAGGAGGAUCACAAACAAAUAUUCCUCCAUGUUGCAUGCCUGCUGAAACUCGAAAUGGAGAGGAAGGCAAUCAUAAUGCUAGAAAGCUGUGGAUUUAAUGCUCGGAUUGGUUUAAGAGUUCUAGAGCAGAAAUCCUUGAUAACUAUCUGUCAUGAUGAUCCUAAUGAUGAGGAGUUAGCCAUGCAUGAUCAUAUAGAAGAAAUGGGUGUCAAUAUUGUUCGUCGUUUGCACCCUGAUGAACCUCACAAACAUAGUAUAUUGUGGAAGAAAGAUGAAAUUGAACACAUAUUAGUCAAUGAAUUGGGUACCGAAGCAACAAGGAGUAUAGAAUUGAAGAAUACAGAUCUCCAUGCAACUCAAAUUCUGCAAGGACUUAGGAAGAUGACGAAUCUAAGAUUUCUUUGCAUUACUAAGAGUAUGAGUCAGGCGAAGUGUAAAAUUGAUGAAAUUGGCGGAUACCUACCAAAUAGCUUACGAUGUCUUCAUUGGCAGCGUUACCGUUUUCGGUAUUUACCUAAAUUGUUUCAAGCUGAUAACCUUGUUCAGCUUUGUAUGAGACGAAGCAAACUUUGGAAAAGAGGAGAAGAAAAGGUUCUUCCCAAGCUCAAAUUCCUUGACCUUAGUCGGUCAAAGUUGAAAACCUUUGACCUUGAGAUGACUCCAAAUCUGGAAGAACUACGUCUCGGAAAUUGCUGUAAGUUGGUAGAAAUCAACAUGAGCGUUGAAUGCCCGCAUCUUAAGAAGCUAAAUAUGAGGGGAUGUAAGGCGUUGAAAAAACUCAACAUGUCCAAUAAAUGUCUGAAUCUCGAGGAGCUAAAUCUGUGUGCAUGUAAGAACUUUGAAGAACUCAAAAUGCAGGUACAAUUUCCAAAGCUAGAAUCACUCUUCUUUGGUUGUUCCGGAUUAACUAACCUGAACCUUGGGAUGACUCCAAAUCUCAAGCAUUUAUAUCUUCAGAAGUGCAGACUCUUGGUAGAACUCCACGUGCCUGUUGAAUGUCCAAAGCUCAUAGCCCUCCGACUCGGUGGUUUUAAAGUGUGCAACUUUAAACCUGAUCUGGCUCCAAUUUUGGAGAAGUUAAUAAGUCUGGAGGGUAUGUCUCUAGAGUCCAUUGAUAUUGAGUGUCUUCCGUAUAGCAUAUGUAUGUUGAAGCAUCUGAGACAUCUUGAAAUAAGGCAUUGUCGGCAUCUAAAGCAGUUACCAGAGGAUUUUGGUAGAUUAGGAUGUUUGGAGACAUUAACCCUAGAGGAUUGUCCAUCCUUGCGUUUCAUUCCCAAUAGCAUCUGUAAGAUGGAAUGUUUAAAAAAAUUAGAUCUCGUUGGUUGUGAGGGGCUUAAGAAACUGCCUGAUGAAUUUGGACGUUUACAAAGUUUGGAAGUGUUAUUUGUAAAGCAUGGAGGCAUAGAAAAUCUUCCCCAGAGCAUUUCUCAAUUGAAAGGGCUUAUGGUUAUACACUCAUGCUUUUGAGCCGUACAAACAUUUUUUUUUUUAGGGUUGUAAAUUUUGGAACGCUAUGGUUCCAAUAGUUGGAUACUGGUUUGUAAUAAAAGUAGCAUGUUAUCUUUUUAGUUGUACAAAGUAUCUGUGUCAUAUGUUAUUUCCACUGUUACCGUAUAUUUGAUCAUAAUGUAUUCGGUUCCUACUUUUAA